AUGGAUACUUUCACUGUUGACAGGCGUCAGUUCUAUGAAGAGGUUGGGGUAACGCUUGAAAACCGGGCUGAUCAGAAUCUGCGCCACUCGAUUAAGCCCGAGUCAAGAACACACCCGAAUGUACUAGAUUUCGAACACGCUAUCGCGCCAUCUGGCUCCGCUCCGAGUCUUGUCAAGAUUCGUGAUGUUUGCUCUGAUGAGACAAGUGAUGUUAGCACCGAGGCCAUGACAACUCCAGAGUUCUGGGACGCUUUGGAAGAAAGCCGACCACCCCCGCCAGACGAGAGUGAGGCUUUCUCUUCGAAUUCUGUGUACGCGCUCAUUGGAUCAGUAGUCUCCGAGGGCCAAGGGAACUACCAUCCUGGGCAGUCAUCAUCAAAUAAUCCGUACUCGAGUCUGAAUGAUUUCGACGUUGUGAGGAUGCCUCCAGACAAGCGCCAAAUCUUGUCUCACAAUGUCGCUGGAGGGGACAAGGACGUAGGAGGUAAUCAAAUGGAAUCCGAAGGCGAUAAAAGCCCAGUUGAAGACGUUCAUUCCUCCAAAAAGCGAAAGAUUAUUGACUGUCUUGUCGAAAAACCCUUCAGUGACGCUACAGCUGCAGGGGAAAAGCUCAAGGCUCGUUCAUCCACCGACGCAUGUGCUUCCAGUAGUGUGUCUUCGUUGAAGCGCAAUUCUCUACAGGAGGGUGGCCAUUCCAAGCUCAGGCGAUCAAAGAGGUUGGAAGAAAAAGCUAGAACCUAG